AUGUCAAUAAGUCCUGAUCAUCCCUUAUUCAUAUUUUUUUCGUCCGGCACAACUGGACAGCCAAAAGCUGUAGUACAUACAAAUUUUGCCGUAUUAAAUUGUGUUGCAAAUAUUUAUCAGCAUAGUGGACGGUUUUUGUCAAGAUUAUGCGUACCUGUGCCAAUUUUUCAUAUAUUAGGCGAGGUACAUGGUACAUUAAGUAUUGUGAUCGGUCCCGUAUGCGUUAUUUAUCCGACAUAUUUGCCAAAUACAUUAGCAACAAUGAAGGCAAUUGAGGAAGAACAAUGUACCGGUAUUAUUGGUGCAGCAAUUAUCUAUCAUGAUUUAAUUAAACAUCCUUUACGUAAUGAAUUUAAUUUAAAAUCAUUAGAAUAUUGCGCAAUAGCCGGAUCACCAAUAUCAAAAGAAUUUUUAGAAACAAUUGAAAAUGAAUUAUCAAUCAAAUAUUGUACACAAGCAUAUGGAACAACUGAAACUGCUGGUUAUAUAACAAAUACAAUUUAUGCCAUUGAUUCAAACAAUCAACGACAACGUCUAGAAUCAAUCGGAAAAUGUGAAAAAUUUUUAGAAAUCAAGUUAAUCGACGAUAAAGAUCAAAUUGUACCUUUAGGAGAAAAAGGUGAAUUACUAAUGAGAGGUUAUAAAACAAUGAAAGGCUAUUGGAAUGAUAAUGAAAUGACAGCAAAAAUAAUAACAGAAUCCAAAUGGUUACACACAGGCGAUAUAGCGAAAAUGGAUGAAGAUGGUUAUUUAUACUUUUGUGGACGUAAAAAAGAAAUAAUAAUACGUGGAGGUGUAAACAUAUAUCCAUUGGAAAUUGAAAAGAUUAUAGAAGAAUAUCCUAACAUUUUAAAAGCACAAGUAUUUGGCAUACCCGAUGAACGUUAUGGGGAAAUUGUAUGCUCAAUGAUAGUAUUAAAAGAAGAGAAAACAAAUAUAAAUAUUAAUGAACUGAAACAAUUUUUAUCAAAACAUCUUGCUUAUUUUAAAAUUCCAAAGCAUAUUGAAGUUGUUGACAAAUUUAAUACAACAGCAUCACUUGGUAAAGUACAAAAAUCUAAACUAGCAAAAGAUAUGAUAAAAAUUUUAAAGAGUAAAUUAUAG